AUGGCAGAGUGUCCUACGAGCCCACCUGAUGCCAUCAUCCUCUCUGGACCCGACUUCUAUGAGGCUCACAUUGCGAGGUUGUACGGUGGCUACAAGAGGACGCAGAACCUCUAUGGAAGGGCCACCUAUCAGAAGGAUUCGGAGGAUGUGCGGAACGAUGCCUACAUCUACUUCUCUUUGGCUGAUCGCAAGUGGUGUGUUGGCACCCAGCUGGGGGCGUGCAUCAAAGAGAUGACUCCAAACCAGCGACUGCCAUUGGUGUUGAUGUACCAGGCCGCGGGCACGGAGCCGGACCAAAGCUUUCCCAACCUUCGUGGCUACGUCUCAUGGGCGGCCAAUGUGACGGACAAAGGACCCAACUACCAAUUUGACCACCUGCUGAACUUGGAACCUUUGGAACUCCCAGCCGAAGCUGCAGAUCCCAAGCGUGCCUAUGGUGGCCACAUGCAUAUACUGGUUCCCCGCUCCGUGGACUAUGAGUUCCCACCUGCUUCCUCCUCGCUCAUGGGAGAUUCUCCACACAAAUCGGCUGAGAGGCUGGCCGAGAUCACCUGGCGUGCGGUGUCCACCUCAGUAGGCGCUCCCCUGCUGGAGGCCAACACCGAGCCCAAUGUGAGCCACUUUGUGGGGUUGAAGGGCAUCAGCCCUGGGGAUGUCACGAUCACGCGAUCUGUCUUGGCUGCACUUCGAGAAUACCCCGGAUAUUUGGAUGCUCUUCUGGUUCGCAGCCCCUCGGUGAGGGAGGAUGGGAAGUAUACCCUGCAGCUCUUCGACAUGUGGCAACGAAGAUGGCGGUACUUGGUGGUGGAUGACUUCAUGCCAGUGCGAACUUUGUCAAAGGGCACUGAACGCCACUGGACUGGAGGUUCUCUCCAUCCACUUUGGGUCUUGUUGUUGGAGAAGGCGUUGGCGAAGCUGUGUGGCUCCUACGAGGCGCUGCGGCGAUCGCAUCCCGGAGCCCUGUUGAUGGCGCUCACAGGUCAGGGCGAUAAGCUGCUCCACUGGCGGAAAGACAACGGGUGGUGGUCAGCGUGGCGGCAGGUGCUUCCGCCCGAAGAUGCUGCAGCUCGCAUGGGAGAAAGUCAUUCACCUGGACUCCACCGCCGAGUGACCAAGAUCCGCCCGCUCCGGUGUGUCCUACAACGCAUGGGUGGAACGUGGCACCAGCACGAGGACUUUUUGACACUGUUGCGUGACCUCCAUCGACAAAACGUGCUCUUGCUGGCGUGGCAGUUUCCAGGCGACCGGCCACCAGAUGAGGAGCUGCCAGCGCCCCGGGAAGACCCACGAGAUAACGGGCUGGCGCAGGGGCACGGCUAUUCUAUCCUCGACUUCUUGGUGGAGGACAACCUUUGCCUCCUCCAGUUGCGCAACAUUUGGGGGAAGCGGACGUCCUUUGCCUCAACGGCCUUCCCUGCAGAUAUGUUCAGCUCCGGCUGGGCACUGCCCAGCUUCUUGGCGAUUUCACUGGGCUGCCUCUACCUGUGGUUCAUCGUUCUGCGCGUCCCAAAACUGGGUGAGGAACUGGCAGAGGCUUGGCCGGAUGAAGCAGAGCUGAAAUCUCAGGAUGAUGUUGUAGAAGCCGCCCCUGAAGACAAGGUACCACGGGUGCCACCCGGUGCCACGAAGGCCCCGGGCGCCGCGGGGGUCGUGGGCGCAGCGAGCGCGGAGAUCGCGGCGGUGCCCAUGAGCUCGGCGGAGAUCGCUGAGAGCUAUGCAGCGACCGAGGAUGCUGAACCACUCCCGGCUGACGGGCCACACACAGAUGAGGAAGCUGCAGCGGCAGCACAGGACCCAGAUCCUCUUCCGGCGGAGCCUGUGCAAGAUCUUCCGGCUGCUGAUCCUUCUGAGGAAAAUCCAGAGCAAGAUGAGGACGAUAUGGUAGAUGUGGCCAAGGCCCAAGAGCUAAGACUCGAGGGGAACGAGCACUUCAAGGCUGGGCGACUCCACGAUGCUCGAGAGGCCUACUCUGAAGCCCUGCACUUGAGCCCUGCUGCUGGAGAUCCGGGCUCGGACAGCAGCAAGGAGCGAGCCGUGCUCCACUGCAACCGGGCCGCGUGUCUUCAGCGCCUGGAACGCUGGGAGGAUGUGGUGAAGGACUGCUCCCACGCGAUUCAGCUGGAUCCUUCGUACGUGAAGGCCUUUGCCCGGCGCAGUGUGGCCAACGAAGAGCUGAAGAAGUGGCAUGACGCCUUUGAGGAUCUGAAGAAAGCCGUGGAACUGGAUCCCAAUCUGCGCUCCAAGGAAAGCCGGCGCUUAGCAGUGCUGGAGAAGCGAGCGCAGGAGCAGUUCGAGAAAGAUAAGGAUGAAAUGCUGUCGAAGCUGAAAGACCUUGGCAACACGGUACUGGGGAAGUUCGGCAUGUCGACGGACAACUUCAAGUUGGAGCAGGAUCCGGACACUGGCAGCCGUUUCUGGAUGUCGUGGGCCGACUUCUGUGACAUUUUCGAUGUGGUGGAAGCCUGUCCCAUGGAGGGAUGUGCCAAGAAGGUGGGAUUGCUGCAGCGUCGAGCGGGCGUGAGCGAGGGAAGAUCGACCUGGCGUUUUCUGACGGUGGUGCAAGCUUGGAUGAGCGAAUGCAGGAGCAACAUUGUUGCUGUUCACUGCAGAGGAGGGAAGGGGCGCACUGGCUCCUUCUGUUGCGCCUGGCUUCUCUACACAAAGGAAGCGGAAGAUGCGGAAGAUGCCCUGAACUUCUUUGCUCUUCGAAGGACAGACAUGGCCAAGAAGAAGAUGUCCAAGGUGCAGGGGGUGGAGACACCCUCCCAGGUGCGCUAUGUCGGCUAUGUUGAGCAACUACUGCAACAGCAAGCCGCGUUCUGCCCUGCGACAGUUGCCUUGCCAGAGCUCGUGGAGGUGCGGUUACAUUCCCUUUGCGCUCAGAGCUUCUUCCGGGAUUCCUUCGCUGAGAAGUCCGAAGGUCAUUUGGUGGCCGUGGUGCAGGACGAUCGAGGUCGUCACGUGGCUUCCCUUCCACUGGAUCAGAGCCGCGGGGACAAGGUGUGGAACUUCAACCAGCCAGUGCGUGGCGAUGUGGGCAUCUCCGUGUACCUGUGUCACACUCCGGCUGGGCCAGGCGCGAAGCAGAAGCAGUUGUUCGGCCUUGUGGUGCAUGGCAACUUCCUCGAGGGGCGCCGCUUGGUGAUCCCGGCCGGAGAGGUGGACCAGGCUUGCAAGGAGCCAACGACCUUCGACCCAGCAGGCUCUUUGGUCUUGGAGUACGAGGCCACCUGCGGCGCCUGA